AUGCCUUUCCAAAAAGCUUUCAAGACCUCUGCUUACCACUCCAGAUUCCAAACUCCUUUCCGUAGAAGACAAGAAGGUAAGACCGACUACUACCAAAGAAAGAGAUUAGUCACUCAACACAAGGCUAAGUACAACACUCCAAAGUACAGAUUAGUUGUUAGAUUCACUAACAAGGAUAUCAUUGCCCAAAUUGUUUCCGCUCAAAUCACCGGUGAUGUUGUCUUAACUGCUGCUUACGCUCACGAAUUACCAAGAUACGGUAUCAAGCACGGUUUAACCAACUGGUCCGCUGCUUACGCUGUUGGUUUAUUAGUUGCCAGAAGAGCCUUACAAAAGUUAGGUUUAGAUGAAACUUACAAGGGUGUCGAAGAAGUUGAAGGUGAAUUCGAAUUAACCGAAGCUGUUGAAGAUGGUCCAAGACCAUUCAAGGUUUUCCUUGAUAUCGGUUUACAAAGAACCACCACUGGUGCCAGAGUCUUUGGUGUCUUAAAGGGUGCUUCUGACGGUGGUUUAUACGUUCCUCACUCUCCAAACAGAUUCCCAGGUUGGGAUAUCGAAGCUGAAGAAUUAGAUGCUGAAUUAUUAAGAAAGUACAUCUUCGGUGGUCAUGUUGCUGAAUACAUGGAAGAAUUAAUGGAUGAUGAUGAAGAAAAAUUCAGAACUUUAUUCAAGUCUUACAUUGAAGAUGAAAUUGAAGCUGAUGACGUUGAAGGUCUUUACGAAGAAGCUCACGCUGCUAUCAGAGAAGACCCAUCUUUCAAGAAGGCUGAAAGCAAGUUCACCAAGGAACAAUACGCUGAAAACUCCAAGAAAUACAGACAAGUUAAGUUAACCAAGGCUGAAAGACAAGCUAAGAUUGACCAAAAGAUUGCUGAAUUCCAAGCUGCUAACUAA